CUCCACCUCCCUCUUCUCCUCCUCCACCCUGUGUGUGUCUCACGUCACGUGUGUGUAUGUGGGUCUCCCAUUCUCCAUUCUCUCGUCGGCACAGUCAUAUACACCUUAGCCUUAACAGAGGCACCAGUGACCCAGUGAGAGUGAGAGAGGAAGAGAAUGAGAUAAAGGGAAAGAGGAAGAGAGACAAGGAGGAGAGAGGAGAGGAAGAGAGAGAAAGAGAGAGAGAGAUAGGGCAAUAUUUCGCUCGUUUCCCCCGUCAGUGACAUUUAGUAGUGUAUACGAAGCCAGUCAUUUCUCGCUUGUUGUUUGGUUUUACUUUGUAUUAUAUAAUAAUAAAAAGUUUUGGAAAAAUUAUCAGAACAUUUCGGUGAAUUAAAGGAAAUAUAACAUUCGACUUUUACCGCGAAUGGUUGAAUUUGGAGUCUGAGGUGUGAAUAUUGUGUGUGCGCAUUUGUUUCAUAGUGUCAAGAAGAGCGAGUUGAGGGAUUUAACAAGUCAAUAGUGCUGAAAGAAUGGUGACCUCAAGUUCGCCGAAGUUGACGUGCGAGAAAAUCUCAGGAAUAUGUUGCCUCAUAUCCCUCACGAGGCCAAAAUAAUGAAGUGACUCAAAUGAACGCUCCCUCCAGUCUGUGGAAGAAAAUUCAUCAUGAAGGGCUUUAGAUGAUUCCAAGUGGAUUGAAAAAACAAAAUGGACUGAAAGAUACUGUGAACUGCAUCUAAUGUACUUUACCCGGUCACAUAUUCCCGAACUGUAACCUUGCACCGCACCUGCCCUGAAAAAGCGGGACGCCAUAUCACUCAUAGAAUCUUCUUGAAAUAAUCUCAUUAUGUCUCCCACACCCAAAUUACUUUUUAGGCACUUCUCCGAACUUACCUAACCUAACCUAACCUUGGGCUUGGCUAAAAAAACCAGGGCUAAUGCAAUAGUAGCAUACAUUUCGGGAAUUUGCAUCCGGGUCUGGGUCUAUUCAUUCUACUGACUUACACCAGUUCCCUCUGUCGGCUAUUCUCUAGCACAAACCUCUUAAUUGAGUCUUAGUUUCGUUUCGUUUAUUGCACACACGAUAAGUAGAUAUCCAAGUACAAAGUUCCUUCUGGGAAUAAGGGCUUUUAUUAAGAUUUACGAGGCUAUAUCUGUCCCUCUCGCUGGAAUGUUCCUUUCCCUUGUCCAGAGAUUCAUCAGAGGGUAAAGUUUCUGGUCAAAAGUUACUCAAGAAGAUUAAUACUUCGAGGAGAUAGUCCCAGUGUUGUAUUGUGAAACGUGAAUCCUGUGGUGUACCUUCAUAAGGUAUAGCAGCUCUAUUUUCAUUUGUUAAGCCAUUAACAGAAAUAAACCAGAUUUCUUAAACAGCACAGUUAAAAACAGCAAGAAGUAUAGAAGCACAUCUGUGGAAAAUCGAGUCUAAGACAUCUCUUGCGAUAAGGAAGGGGCGAGGAAGCCGUUAUCCACAGUAGCCUGGUUACUGGGCCCAAAGAACCAUCACCGCUUGCACACACCAUCCCCCUAAUCUGAUCACGUUCACCAUGGACCACUGGAACAGCAACAACGCGACGAUGAAGCUGGAAUUGAAACGCAGUGACCACAGUGACAUCAUGGAGGACCCAGAGGAAGCGUCCUACGAAAACGGCAACGGGUUGCCCAUGUCUGCCGUCACUCCGGAGACUCAGGCCAGAAGGGACGCCUUCAAGAAGCUCAGGAAGUCAAACACUGCCACUCAUUCGCAGAAAUCCAUGGACUUCGACGACCUCCUCCCCCACGUCGGAGAGUUCGGUCGGUACCAGAAGCUGCUGAUCUUCCUGAUAUGCCUCCCGGCCUGCAUUCCCUGCGGCUUCCACGCCUUCAACCAGCUCUUCAUGAGCCCCGUUCCCCCGCACUGGUGCAGGGUGCCCGAAUUGGAGGACAGCGGACUUACUCUGGAAGAAAUCAGGAACCUCUCGAUUCCUUUCAUCGGUGGGGGCUUCAGCCAAUGCAGCCAGUAUCUAGUCCGGAAUUAUUCGGGCAUCGUGGAACCAGAUCCUUCGUGGCCGAUCGUCCCCUGCAGGAAGGGGUGGGUCUUUGACACUUCGGAGAUAUUCUCGUCCAUCGUCAUAGAUUACAACCUGGUGUGCGGGAAGGCGAUCUACCCGACCAUCGGCCUUUCGGCGCUGAACGUGGGCGGCAUCAUCGGAGUUUACAUCUUCGGCUCGAUUUCGGACAGGUACGGCCGCAGGAUCUCGUUCCUGGUGUGCCUGGCUAUCGAGCAGCUGUUCGGCCUCGUCACAGCCUUCGCGCCCACCUUCUGGGCGUGGACGACGUGUCGCUUCCUGGUGGGUCUGACUGUGCCCGCCAUUUACCAGAUUCCUUUCAUUAUUUCGCUGGAACUGGUGGGUCCCAGCUACCGAAGCUUCGUGACAGUAAUGACCUGCCUCUUCUACGUGGGCGGGAUGCUGCUGCUUGCCGGCGUGGCCUACCUCAUCAGGGACUGGGUGCACCUCUGCCUCGUGACCUCCUUGCCUUUCUUCGCCUACGUUAUUUACUGGUGGUACUUACCUGAAUCACCCAGGUGGCUUCUUUCCCAAGGGCGCCUUCAGGAGGCCUCGACGAUCCUUCAAAAGAUGGCUGAAGUGAACAAGACGGAGCUUCCUCAGUCUUUCCUCCAGCAGCUCAAAGACCGGAUGUUGGCCCAGCAAGCUCUGAGUGUCUCAUCAGCCAACAAGCACACUCAGGCUGGACUUUGCAGUGCUUGCAAGACUCCUAAUAUGAGACUGAAAGCCAUCCUGAUCACUCUUGUAUGGUUCGCCAACGAGACCGUGUACGUGGGACUUAGCUAUUACGGACCAGCAAUGGGCGACAAUGAGUACCUAUCUUUCUUCCUGGCCUGCGCUGUCGAGGUGCCAUCCUAUCUCCUUUGUUGGAUCGUCAUGGACAGAUGGGGGAGAAGAUGGAUUUUGGGGAUAGGGAUGAUUGUCGGUGGCAUCUUCGCCAUAUGCACGGUUCUCAUGCCUGAAGGUUCAUCCAUGGCGACCCUGAUCUUGUACCUGGUGGCCAAAUUUGCCGAGUCAGCGGCUUUCCUGAUCAUCUACCCUUUUGCUGCUGAGCAGUAUCCUACCGAGGUCAGAGGCGUAGGAAUCGGGUUCUCUGCCUACGUAGGAGGCCUAGGCUUGGUCAUAAUUCCCUUCAUCAACUACCUGGGCACAGAGGUCCUCGUCCUGCCCCUUCUGAUCAUGGGUGUCGUGUCUGCCUUGGGGGGCAUCCUGGCCUUCCGCCUGCCGGAGACGCUGCAGCAGAAGCUGCCCAACACUAUGGAGGAGGGGGAGGAGUUCGGGAAGGACUUCGGGUGGAAGGACUGUAUGGUGUGCGUUCCCAAGAAACAAGACGAAGAGACCUACACCGACCUAGAGGAGGAGGAGAUCAUCAGCAUCCAUAGCAUCGGCAGAAAGAUGUCUGGUCCGAGGGCCGGGCCGGACGAGGCGACGCCCCUGCAGAGGAUGGACAGCACGACUGCCCGAAGGGCGCUCAUGAGGCAGAGCAGCAUCAUGGAAACGCCCAUCAUCACCGAUUCCUCGGGAGCCAUGAAGCUCACUUUCUGGGUGUGAAGAAGAAGACGAAGAAGGAAAGAAGAAGAAAAAGAAGGGGAAAGAGGAACAUGUUACACAAAUUUACACUAAAGAUGGUGAUGAUAAAAUUGAGAUGAUAAUGAUGAGUGAUAGACGUGAUUUGCGAUGCUGAGCGUGACACAUUCCACGUUGAGGGCGUUGUUGAGAGUCUAGUGAGACAGGGGGAUUUUUUUCGCGAAUAAUAAUUCAUGUGAAAUAAACAAGAUAAUGACUUCUCUCCCUUGUAAAAUAUAUCACUGUCACGGAAAAAAUAAGUAGCAAGAUGCACAGACCGAUGAUAUGAAGGUGAUGAAAGGACUUUUCAGGCAAACAUAUGUACAAAAUGCUGUAGAGUAGGUCUGCAGAACUUAGGCUGAGAUGUUCCUCUGCCUCGAAGCGAGAAAGAGCCGCUGCUGCGAGAUGAGUAAGUAUUGCCAUAUUUGGGGCUCAGUGAAACCCGGAGUAAAUGGAUGGAGUCUGACCGAAAGCAUUGCCAGGAGCCCCUUAUUACCCGGCCCAUUUAAGUUGAUUUGACAGGGAAAUGAUGAAAAUGGCCACUAAAAGGAUGUUAUGAGUCUCCCUCUAAAUUUCGCGGGACUGUGGUUGCCACUCGGUGGGUGGGUGGUGUUGUUUAUGGGGGUUGGUGGGUGACGUUGGUUGGAGGAGGUAGAAACAAUCUUGUGAGGGUUACUCUGAUCUGAAAGUUCUCGUUAUGUCGAGUUGCUGUGCUCUAGAAAACGUGGUACGUUGAGAGGAGCAGAAAAACAAAAUAUGUAAUGGAAAAACUGUUUAAGAAUUUAAUUAGACAAAUAUUUAUUCGCAGUGAGCAGGAAAUCAUUGACAUAAGGCAAAACAGGUGUGAUGAAGGAUUUCCCCCCUUUUUUAGAAAGAAAAUUUAACUAUAAUUAUAUGUAACAUUAAGCUUUAUAACAAGUUUGAUUAUGGCAAAUGAUUUAUAAAGUAAACCUAGUUCGAAUAUUCCUAGUAUUUCAGCUUUUGUAUUUCAGUUCUCUUAGGACACUCCCAAAAUGAUGUAACUACUAUAUAUAUUUACCGUAAUGUGGAGUAAUAAACGUCAGUUGUUCUCUGGCUACAAUUUCCGUAGCAUCCAAAAUUGGUUUAGUGUUGACAAGAAACUCAAGGACAGAAAACAUUUGGUCAAUAUUGGUUCAAGAGUUCCGGUAAUUUUUUGUAGCCUGUAGGCCUAGUUGUUAUCUGUAAGAAGAAUAGCCAAAUGAAUGGAAUGAAUCUGUUCUUUACAAGUAGUUUUUUAAAGUUAAAAAUGGCCUGUAUAAUUCACACACAUAGAGAAAGAGAGUAGUGAAAUUUAUUCAGAAAGUUAUUCACAAAAUAAUAUGGAACUUCCGUAUCGAUGAACGUUAUGUCCAGGUGACAUAUCUCUCAUGAAACACCACCAAUUUGUAGCCAUUAGCGAUGAAUGAAAAAAUGAAUCGCCAAGAACCUUUGAAAACCGUGGUUGCUGUCUUGGGUUGUUCAGAUAAUCUUUCAUUUUAUUUUAUUUAUACUCAUAGUUAAAUUUGAAUUAUCAGAAUUAAUUCUAUGUAGAAUCAUUGCAAAGGACAUUAAUAUUCAUUAGUGUAUUGCAAAGCAUGACAUUAUAUAUCGUGUAUGAGGAGGUCUAAGUCGAAGCCACUUUACCAUGAUCGCAUCGUAGGUGAAUCUUUUGUCAACAACUGUAGUGACUUCUGAAAAUAAAAUCUGAUAUUUUUUACCGUGAAAACCUUAAUAAAUGUAUAUGUAAACGAAGUUAUGAGCAGAUUAAAUCGCAAAAAAAAAAAAAAAAAAAAAAA